CCAUGGUUUCAGGCCAGGUCCGGUCCGGUCCGGUCCAGUCCAUGUCAUCCCCUGACCGACCGACCGACUGGCUGCUAGCGCAUCGGCAUUUAAGGGGUGCGGGGAGAGUGGGGGGGAGGGAGAGAGCGAGCGAGCAUCAUGAGCUUGAAGAGCCUGUUGGCGGCGGUGGCGGUGCAGGGGGUGACGCAGGCGCGGGCGCGGAUAUUUGGGCACAUACUUAACCCGACGGGCAAGCGGUCGCCCCACAAGAUCUUGAGAAAGAAGCUCAUCGGCGACAAGGUCGCCCAGUGGUACCCCUACGACAUCAAAAACGACGAUCCCCUCGUCUUGGCCCGUGAAGAGAAGGAGCGGUUGGCUAAACUAGAAAUGUUGAAGCGUCGUGGAAAGGGUCCACCGAAGAAGGGCCAAGGAAGGCGUGCUGUUAAGCGCAAUAAAUAAUUACAUCAUCCGUGCUUUUCUUUUUUAUUUUAAACCCGAAUCCCCGUGUUCAAACAUUGAAGGUUUGUAUUGGGUUUUAAUUCCAGAUUGUUAAUCUCAGGGAUCAAUUCUCAAUUUAAUUGCCCUUCUUACCUCAUCUGGUAUGCUGAAACCUUAGGGCCGCUAGUAUUGGGAGGUAUCAUUGACAUUGAAUUAUAAUAUAUCAUCUGACCUAUUGUACGGAUGUGCAAGCUAGUUUUCAUUACUGCUCAUUUAUAUGAGGCAUUAGGACAGAGUUGUCAUUC